CAAGAUGGCAGCGUCCUUGACAGGCAUGUCGUGAUUGUUGUCAUCUGUUUAACAUGGUCAACAGUUGCACAUGUACGGGCUGUACAACUGGCAAGAGACGGUUUUGAGAGCGGAGCAUGGAGAGACGAGAGUUCGUCGCGUCGCUGGUGAGUAAUUGUCUCUCCAGGCAGGCGGCUGUGCGGGGAUGUGUGUGGAUCUGACCCUCUACCCCCUGGACACCGUGAAGACAAGAAUGCAGAGUCAGCAGGGCUUCCACAAGGCAGGGGGCUUCAGGGGCAUCUACGCCGGAGUCCCAUCUGCUGCCGUCGGCUCCUUCCCCAACGCCGCUGCUUUCUUUGUCACCUACGAAUGCACUAAGUCCCUGCUCGGCGCCAGCGGAGCGCUGUCAGCACCGCACGUAGCACCUGUCACUCACAUGCUGGCCGCCUCCCUGGGAGAAAUAGUGGCGUGUCUGAUCCGGGUGCCCACGGAGGUGGUCAAACAGAGGACCCAGGCCUCCCCGUCAUCCACCACCUACCGCAUGCUGCUGGCUACACUCAGAGCAGAGGGUGUGCGAGGCUUGUACAGAGGAUUCGGUUCGACGGUUCUCAGAGAGAUCCCGUUCUCUCUGGUGCAGUUUCCACUUUGGGAAUACUUAAAGACUCUGUGGUCACGGAGGCAAGGUCACACGCUCUACUCUUGGCAGGCUGCAGUGUGCGGAGCUUUUGCAGGUGCAGCAGCGGCAUUUGUUACCACCCCUCUUGACGUUGCGAAGACCAGGAUCAUUCUCGCAAAGUGGUGUCCCUCCUCUUCCUCACUCCAUCCACCUCCUCUUUCACUUCUGGCUCACUCUAACUGUAUGUCUGGCUUCUCUCACUGUGUGUGUGUGUACGUAAAGGGUAGUGAGUUCAGAGUUACCCCCAGUCAGCCCCCCCACAAUCACACACACAAACACACACACAGACUGUCCUUGGAGAAGACGCAGUGUUCCGUCAACCCAACAACCAAACUAAUUAAUGAGAUACUUGAAUUAACAAAACAGUCAGACAGUCUUGAUCUCUUGCGAGAAGCCGUUGGCUGUAGGUGGAACUGCAUGGAACAAAAGCUUCCUGUAAACAUUAUUCGAAAUGCAGCUGCUGUAAUUCACCACCAAGCAAAGGACUUGGCCUGCGCUGCCUCAACAAAGCUCGGUUAUAACUUUAUAAGGCCAAGUUUUUGAUUCCUUAAGUCAGCUGAUAAAACCCCAGCGCUAUGUAUUCACUAGGUAUUCAACGAAAUGGAAGCCAAUAUGAUACAUUGUAUCUAUUCAAACUGGAGGUGUCUGUGUUCACAGUCCAUCCAGCGUGGGUUUCCUGUUUCAAUCUGUGGAGUAUUUAGUAGUUAGUAAUUGCAAUAGUUUGUAAAUGUUUUUUUUAAAUUUUAUUUUAUUCUUUGAUUUUCUACACUUUUACAUGUUAGCUUUCUUUUUAAACAUGGAAACGUAGUCCAUUAGAUAGACAUGACAAAAGAAACAUCCUUUGUGCAGCUUUCAGGCUUUUUUAGUAUUUCGUCAUGGACAAAAGCGGCAUGCUAAUAAAUUUGGUGGAUUUGGAUUUAGUCGUCAAGUUCAAAAAGAAUGCCAAUAUGUCACUAAGCCAUUUAUAUUUGACCCAGCCAGCACAAAAACGAGUGCUGCAAAAAAGUAUUAUUUUCAUUUUUGAUCCGUAAAUAGUUUUCUCACUCGAUUGAUCGCUUUGUCUCGAUAAUAUCACAAAAUAGUGAAACCUGCUCAUCGUUAUUUCCUAAAACCAAAGACGAUGUCUUAUUUUUUGCCAACUUAAAUUCAGAGACAUGAGUUUACGAUCACAUAUGACAAAGAAACGCAGCAAAUGUUUGGCAUCUUUGCUUGUAAAAUGAUGAAUUGAUUACUGAGACGGUGUAGAUUCAUUUUCUGUCAAUCAACUUAUUGACAGAUUAGUUUCAGCUCUAAUAAAAAUGUACUAAAAGAUACAAUUGUAAAUGUGCUUUGUGUAAGUUAUGAGGCCAUGAAAUAUCUUCAAAGCAGCAUAAUUCAAAAUGGACUUUGCAGUUCAAAUUUCCAUUUCCACCUGAAGUGCCUCACCUUAAAAGGUAACGUGUCCUUUUUUUUUUUUUAAAAACCGUGUCAGACUUUAGUUUGGUUUCUAUCUUCAAAUUCCCACAGCAGCAAGGGAGGACAAGUCCAGGCAGGAGAGUGUUUGGAUACAGAGAGAGAGAGAGUAAGGCUGGUGUUGAUGGGUAUGGAUAGUUUGGCUUGGACGAAGGGGAGGAAAUGUGGGUGUUGGAACUUGUCACAUUAGUUUCCGUCACCACAGUAGCAGAGGAGAAGGUUCUUUCUCUUCUGCGCCGGACAGCAUGAAAGAAUCGUGUUGUGCAGUAGGCAGCCUGGUGCAGGCGAGGUCAAAGCGGGCGGAUGUCCAGGACACAGCUGGACUUGCAAAGCCCCCCCCCCCCCUGCCCACACGGCCCUGGCGGCAGCACCAGCAACAUCCCUGGCACACCACGCUGCUGCUGCCCGCCUCCUACGCCGCUACCGUACAACACUGCUCUUCUCCUCAGGCUGGCAUGGUUCCUGCCAGUGCACCACACUGCUGCCAUCAAUGUCAUGUUCGCUACCCUCCACUGCAGCCGAUUGUGGCAAACACAGGAGUCAGUGUCAGGCUGGCAUGGUCCAACACCUUGUUGAACACUCGCCGCUGUUGUUUAAUUUCAUUGCAUGCAUCACUGUGGAUGCCGAGAAUGCGGAGAAGGUCAGCAUCAAGCGCGUGUCUUUACUCGCACAUGAUUGUGAUAAACUCGGAUAACAAAGCAGGAAGCCAACUUAAGCAAAAAUAAUUGUAUAUAUUGAGCUGCCUGAAGAUGUUUUUGUAUGUCAGCAUAAGGUACACAGGUGUGUGUGCGUGUGUGUGUGUGUUUGUGUGUUUUGGACACCCUCUUCCUCCAUUCCCCCCUUCCACCGUUCCACAGCGGUGAAGGAAAAGAAAACUUGUCAGAUGAGUCAAAUCUCAGCCACCUGUCUCCAACAGAAACAUGAGGAAUAGGGGUGUUUUCUUUUUUUCUCCUCCUCACAUGAAUGAAAUGUGGGAAUCUUCUUCUCGUUCCAGCAGAUCUGGGAGUCGCAAUUUUCGGCGGACGCCGCAAACUGUUUCCAACAUGCUCAGUGAGCUGUAGCUUAGAUUCCCGUGCACGCACAUACACUCCUACUCGCUUCUCCUCAUUGUACUGUGCCCUCCGCUGUCUCUUUCUGUUUCUGCCACCACCCACCCUCACUUAACCCCGACUGGCCCCAUCCUGCAGCUCUCGUCCCCCUCUG